UCUCAGGCCGCUCUGUGAGCUCCUCUCAAUACCCCACGGUGUUGGCCAUUGUUUAGAGAGGUGAACGAGGUCGAGUCUCUUCUCCUGAGAAAGAGGUAUCUGCACUCCCCUCUUCCUUCUUUGGGCCAUCCUAUAUCAGGUGUGCAGAUUGCAUUGAACAGGAUCUGCUCUUCCUGCACUGCGAAUGAGAAGGAGAAGCGAUGUCGAGAGACGACAGCUGUUGCAGAUUUUGCAGCAGGGGCUUAUAUAGCUGCCACUGGAAGCCCAAUAGUCAAACUCAGAGAAAACAUGCAUGCUGCUGGUUCUCAGUGGUCACUCUGGUCUCCCUGCUCUCUCUGUGCUGGAUGUACAUCUGUCUAGUUACUUAUAAUGACCAAGAGGAUGUGAACUGGCAGGGCUUCGCUAAACUGAAACGAUGGGUGAACUGGUUCAUGGUGCUCGUCAUCAUUUCUGCAGUGUUAACCAGCUACUGCGUCCUGCUGCUGCUGUUUGCACUCUUUCAAGUCGCCUUAGGAGAACCACUCAACUUACACUGGCUACACAAGAUUUUCUUAUUUUUUGGUGUGAUAUUCGUUCGCGGGAUCACAGGAAUUUGUCUCCAGUGGAAACAAGAAUGGCCGACGGUUCCUUUCUCAUUCCAGGCCACAGCUCCUUUCUUACAGUUUGGUGCUGUCGGGGCGUUGACACUGCUGAGCCCGUUCGUCUUCCAAGGCUUCCACGAGGCAGAGGCUAAAUGGUCUAAGUUCCUGAUUGCUGCGAUAUUUGUAGCAGUGUCAGCAGCCAUCUUCCUGUGUCCCCUGAUCAUCCAGUCUCCCUGUCUGAUCGAGCUGAGCGAUUUACCUGAAAAACCAAAGCUCAUUGGUCACCGAGGCGCACCGAUGCUGGCCCCGGAGAACACCAUGAUGUCGUUUAACAGGAGCAUCGCGUGUGGUGUGACAGCCUUUGAGACAGACGUACAGCUCAGUAAAGACAGAAUUCCCUUCUUGAUGCAUGACCACAACUCUAAUGGUUUCUUGCGGAGGACAACAAAUGUUAAAGAGAAGUUCCUUGGCACGGACUUCAGCCACAGUGCCAACCUGACCUGGGAGCAAUUACAGAGUCUGAAUGCAGGUGAAUGGUUCCUAAAGACAGAUCCUUUCCGCUCAGUGUCCAGUCUCUCAGAAGAAGAGAAGGAAACAGUCAGAAAUCAGACUAUACCGUCCUUACUUCAGCUCCUUGACCUCGCCAAGCAGCACAACAUCUCAGUGAUAUUUGAUCUUUAUAGUCCUGAUCAGGAAAAUGACACAGUGGACACUGUUAGCACCAUCUUGAGUUCUGGCAUUGACCCAAGCAAGGUGCUCUGGCUUCCCCCAGCAGAAAGAGAAUAUGUGAAUCACACUGCGCCGGGGUUCAUUCAGGUCUAUAACAACGAAACAAAUAUGCUCAUUGAAGGAGGAGACCACCUGAAUGUGAAAUACAGCAAGUUUAGUACACAAGAAAUAAGGGAGCUUCGGAGAAAGAACAUUACGGUGAACCUGUGGGUGGUUAAUGAGCGUUGGCUGUUCUCUGUGCUGUGGUGUGCGGGGGCCAGCUCUGUUACCACCAACUCCUGCCACCUCCUGAAAGUCAUGGAGCGGCCUGACUGGAUCCUGGCACCUCUUACAUACAAGAUAAUAUGGAUUACAGUGGACAUUGUAUCUAUUCUGAUAAUGACUGGACUUUACAUCUUUCGAUGGAAAACACACUGUUUCUGUCACAGAAAAGGGAAAGACAAGCAAAGAAACAAUAUUUCAGCGUGGAAUGAUAAAGAACUGUCUCCCUUCUUACCCACUGGGUAGUUCACCCUACACCGGCAGUUUUUUU